UACUAUUUAGCAUCAAUAAACCCCAUUUUUCACGGGCUUUCAUUUUGUAUAAAAUUCAUCAUACCUCCUAUUCGGGAUUAUAUCGUUACCCCCCUUGAAUAAUAUUCUUUCCGACCCUGUAUAGAAAAAGUAGAUUCAAUUCUCUGGAAAGUAUUUUUUUACAGUUUAUAUUUUAGAUGAGAGAAGUAGAGGUACUUUAAUCUUAGAAUCACUUCAAAUUGAUUGAUUCAUUUAAAUAAUCAUUUUAACUUAUAAUUAUUUCUUAUAUGAAAAUAUUGCAGAUAAAUAAAAGUGCUUCAAUCAAACUGGUACAUUUCGUCAUAUAACAAAGGUAAAGGAAUUUCACUAUUAGAUUUCAACAACCUUAGUCUAUUGCAUUGGAAAGAUUCACUAUUUAUUAGGAUCAACAUGAAAGAGUUUUCACGAAAAAUCACACGAAAUUUAAUAAAGUUGCCUUACUUUGAAAUGAAAAUAAAAAACUGAUUGAAGCUUUUUAACUUUUGAAAUAGAUGAACUAUACCAACAAGUUCAGUGAGAAUUUCCUCUGGCCUUUUGUUUAAUUUUCGUAUACUAUUAAUGAACUUUUAGAAAAAGAAAUGUAUUUUAGUUAUUCAAAAUGAUAUACAUUAGUUGUUGGACAGUAUUGCUGCUUCUGUCAAUCAUUGGAUAAACAGCAGGUAACGAUUUAAUUAACUUUUCAAUCCACUUGUUAGAAGAUAUAGGUUUCUAAUAUUUUGUAUGAAUAUCUUUUAUAAGAAAUGCAUGUUCACGACAAAACCGUCCUAUUUGUCUCAAUAAGAAGAAAACUGCGAUGAGCGAGUGCCCAUUAUCAUUGUUGGUCAUAGAGCUUGGAAAAAACAAUUGUAGCCAUAUUUACUUUUCCAAGAUGAAUAUCAUGCUGUAAUCAAUCACUGGACACGAGUAUUGUCGCCCUCCUGCCAAAAUACAACCAUUUUUUUGAGCUGUUCGAUCAGAAAGUCACUGAAGUCGGAAUCAUUGUUCUGGAUAAGUAAAUCUUCCCUCUACCUUGUAUACCACAACACGCCAAUGUCAUCACAUGAUACUAUUUCGCGGACGAAACUAACAGCGAAAUGGUAGUCGUCAUGAGCCUUGAAGUCUGUUGAAGGAUUUCACAGUACGACAAAAAAAACAUAUAGCGAAAUGUACAUGAUGCUAAUAACUAGAACAUAAGAAAAAAUAAUGAAGGAGGGUAAGACUAAAUUCUUUAUAGCCAGUUUUUGUCAAAGUAUGUAUGCAUUCGAGACAUAAAUUGAAACGUUCCUUAUACUCAUAAAGGAUCUGGUCGAAAAAUCACAUGAAUUUCUUCUCGGUCUGGAAAUAGUAUAAAAUAUUCAAACAAUAUUUUUCAAUGAAAUCCAUUACGUUGAAACAUACAUUCUGCAGAUUUGUUUUGGUUUUUUUAGGGAAUGUUUAGGCCUUAGAUUUCGUGACUAUGAAGAAAUAUAAGUCUGAAAUUCUCAGAAUCGAUAGAGUUUUAUGAGUUCUGUCUAUACUAAAAUUUUCAGACUUACAUCCUCAUAGUUACAAGAUAUAAGGUCUAGAACCCCUCUAAAAAACUAAAAAUAGUGCAGAACUUAUGUUCAAAGGUAAUAAUUGCAUCUGAGAUGGAUUUAUUCUUGUCUGCUUUAACCAUAACUCAACAAGAUGACCUUCACUUACGAUGAAUUUAUCUAGAUAUUAUGGGGCAUAUAUAACAUUACCAUUUCGACAAUCAUUAAGUGUUUUCUACCUAUUUAAGAGCUUUAUUAAUAAGCUAUUAGAGAGUAGUGUCUUUCUACAACACAAUAUUCACUUAAUUUACCUCUUUUUACGAUUACUAUCUUUGAGAAAGCUUGAGUUAUAAUUAAACUAGACGAGAAUAAAUUCAUCUCAAAUGUAAAAGAGACGAGAGUUUGAGAAACGAACAUCAGAAUAGUUGUAUACUGGUGGGUUACUGUUACUUUAUAUGGUUUCCAGACCGAAGAAAAAUCCAUAAUUUUUUUAUUCAAUGCUAUUCGAUGUAAGAAGAGUAAAAGUCAAAUAUCAUUAUUUUGUAUUUUCGAUUUCAAACUUACAGAAUUAUUUUAUUGUUGAAAAGAACAUUGCCAUACUAAGUAAAGUAAAACUUUAGGCAGACGGUAUUUUUCCAGAAUGAAACUAUAUAACAAAGAGAAAGUCAAAUACUGGUAAAAAUACCUUUGGUAUGUUUAUUUUCUAUUUAUACCAAUUGAUAUUUAUAUCGGUUAGCAAGAUGCAAAUAAUGUAAAAUUAAAGCUGAAAUUUUUUCUUGCUUUAUACAUGAAUCGAUAGAUGUUCACGUGCUGAUUAUGAAUAUGAAGUUUGACCAAGACAAAAAAUGCAUUUUUCUAAUAUAGUCUAUAAGUGAUGUUUUUUGGAUAAAAUGAUUUAGGCACCAUUCAAUUCUUAGGAAGUCAAUGACUUUUCUUAACCUACACGCUUUCUAGUUGGGUUGAAAGUGAGUUCGUGAGAUUUACCAUAAAAAACUGCAUCUAAGAAAUCUAUUUCUGAUGAUAUUCAAGUAUGAUAUAUUGAUGAUACUCGAGAUAUAAGGAGAAUCAUUCAAUGUGGUAAAAUAUCGUUUUUCGAAGAUAUCAGUGCAUCAUUUUCUAAAGCUAUUCAGCUUUUUCUAUCAAGAGAUAGGGUCCGCAAUCACACAUCAUUAGAACCGCUAGAAGUUGUGGUUCAAAAGAAGAGCUUUGUUUUUUGAAAAAGUUUUUUGUUAGAAAGAAACAUAGUGAUUUAUUCUGUAGAAUCUUAACACCAUAUAUGUCAAAAUGUGAUAACAUAGAUUAUUUUACGAUUAUCUUUGCUCAAGCAAGUCAUAAAAUCUUAACUCAUUCUCCAAAAGAUGCGGCUUGAGAAAUUCCAAAAAAACUAUAUGGAAAAAAAUUUUCUAACAAACUGCGACGGCAUGGUUUAAUUAUGAUUAUGAACCUUUUUGAAAAUAUUAGAUCAAAUUAUCUGAAACACUCUUCUUGUUUCUUCUUUUAUCGUCGCAUUUCUUUUUUCUUCUCGAAUUUUUUCUCUUUAUUUUCAUAAACGUUUUGUAGGAAUUUUUAAGUAACAUUUUUUGACAAAAAGAAUAUAGCUUUUAUGGUUUGUUUAAUCCAAGAGAUAUGGAAAACAAAGAAAUAUUUCACAUAUUUUUUACUUCGUUCAGUAUAGCGAGAAAUAGAAUUUAAGAGUUUCUUUUGGCAACAAACUCAUAUAGUAAGUAAAAAUUAGUUCUAUCAUGUUCAAAACAGUGCAUCACUAAUAAUCUACGAAUUGUAGUUUUAAUUCAAAAAUAUUUUAAAUAAACGUUUUUUUAUUGAAAUUAUUUUUAUAUGUAUAUCAAGAGUAAACAUAAGUUUGUUUUAUUAAAUAAAAUAAUAUUUUUUUACAGAUGUUACGACAACGGUAACACCUAUGACUACCAGUGUUCGACAUGAGGUCGCUACUAUCAACGUAAUUUUGACCCGACUCGGGUCAAAUCACGUUGAAUAUAGCGACCUCAUGUCGAACACUGAUGACUACUGAUAUUUUCAAAUAUUUUCUUUCUUACUUUUUGUAUUACUAAUAGCUUAUGAAUUUUUUUAGUAAUAACUGCAAUGAAUAGUACUCAAACGGUUCCUUUAACAACAUUUGCUUUUGACACAAGUUCUACAACUAUAUCUCCUUCAAAACAUAUGUAUAAUAAUUUAAAAAAAAAGAUAUAAAUUCUACUUUUUUCAUGUUUCGAUUAUUGAUCAAAAUUUUUCAAUAGAAUAGCAGAAAUAAAUUAAAAAAGAAGAAUAUAAAAUGAAUUCAUUUUUACUUUGAUAUAAAGAUGAAAUUGAUAUCUAUAUUUUUAUAGUUCUUUCAUACAAUUUACCAAAAUUCACUGCCUAUACUUCUUGGAGUUUCAAUUGAAUAACCAUUGCAAGCUUCGCUGGUAAUACAUAUCCUUAUAGUCUAUUUGUUGACAUUCAUAAUACUCUUUACGUAUGUGAGAGUUGCUUACAUCGUGUUUAAGUAUGGCACGAAGGUAGUAGUAUACCUACAAGAACUAUUUCUGGUAAUUUAAACGCUCCAUAUGCUAUCUUCGUUAUAAUUAAUGGUGAUAUUUAUAUUGAUAAUGGUUAUGCAAAUAAUCGAGUAGAUAAAUAGGCAUUAAAUACAACAAAUAGUGUUUCAGUUAUGUAUGUUCCGAACAUUUGCUGGGGUCUUUUUGUAGAUAUUAAGUCUUAUAUUUAUCGUUCAUUGUAUAAUGCGCAUCAAGUUGUUACAAAAUAAUUGAUUACUAAUUCAAGUACAUGGACAGUGGCUGCAGGAAAUGGCACUGGUGGAUCAUCGAAUACACUUUAUUAUCCUCGUAGAAUAUAUGUUGAUAUUAAUUUGGAUUUAUAUGUUGCAAAUUGUGGUAUAAUCGGAUUCAAGUAUUUCCAUCAUAUCAAAUAAAUGGAACAACAGUAGCAGGAACCGGAGCAAUAGGAACUAUUAAUCUCGACUGUCCCAAUGGACUUGUUCUUGAUGCUGAUGGUUAUAUGUUCAUUGCUGAUUGUGGCAAUCAUCGUAUUGUUGCGUCAGAACCAAACGGAUUUCGUUGUUUAGUAGGUUAUUCUGCUAGUUCUGGUUUAGCAUCUAAUCAAUUAUAUAAUCCAACAGCUAUAAAUUUUGAUACUGAUGGAAAUAUUUUAACACGUGAAAAGCUCUCGGAACAGCAUGAUGGUAAUUGUACUUCUGUGAGUUUUAGAAAAUAUCCACUUUAUAUUGAUUCAUCAUAUUUUAUUAAAACUAGAUUUUCAGAUAACUAA